UCUUUCUCCUCACUUUUAACUUUCAUCUUUACAGUAACACCCAAGUCUUCUAUCCAGAUGUUUUGCUCUAAGAAGAAGCUUCCACCCUCAUGUCCAAAUAUUCUCACACCAGAUAAAAUUCCUACAUUCUUCAUACCUCCUAAACUGUCUUCGCUUCCGGACGGAGGUGGUCGUGUUGGAAAGUGGCUACAGAAGAAACCUUCAGAUAUUGGAUCCAGAUCUUCUCCAUGGGCCCUGCUCACAUCAGCAAGCAGUCAUGUUAUCCAGGUGGAAGAUAUGGAGCAGGAGGCUGAGACUUCAGGACAAAGGCAUCAUCAGUCCAUAGCCGCAAGCAUUCUGGGAAGCCCGUACCUGUCCGAGAGUCCGCACACCCGGAGGAGGGAGUCUCUCUUUCAUCAGAUGUGUCACACUCAUGGUCCUUGUGACUUAAAGCCACUGUCACCAUUAGACUCUGACCAUCUCCUAAACUGCAAUUCAUCUCAUGAUCUGCGUCUCCAGAGGUUUACUUGUGGCUUCUUGCACAGUGACACAACAUCCUCUACAGAUUCUUCUCCCUUUAGUUCUCCUCUUUUGAACCGCUCACCGGAAAGAAGUCCAUUUUCUUCUGAUCCUGGCAAAGACCGCCGCUAUUGCCGUGCUCUGCCUCUUAAAACAUUGACUCGAGCCAACUCCUUGUCCACUGACGAAACCAGCUCUGCAGACACCAGCCCGAAAUUGUCCUCCAAGGAAAACCACUCCAAUUCAAGGGCCUCCAUGAGGCAUCUCAUUCCUCCUCCAAUAUUUCACCUGGACUUUAUUUGCUGUCAGGAGCGUUUGACCAAAGAGACAGAGGUAACGCUAAGCAAAGGGGGGCUUCUCCGCUUGUCUUUCGAGUAUGUAAAAGAGUUGCGACGUCUGAGGGUGAAACUAGUCAAUGCAGAGAACCUGUAUCCAUUGCAUCAAGACCCCCGCAGCAUCAGUUGUUGUGUGAUGAUGUAUCUGAUGCCUGGAAAGCUACAGAGGCAAAGAAGCACCGUAAUCCGCCGGAGCAGGAACCCAAUUUUCAACGAGGACUUUUACUUUGAAGGGGUGGAAAAAGGUGAAUUAAAUAAUCUUAGGCUGAAGGUGAAAGUCAUAAAUCGAGGGACUGGCAUGAAGCUUGACCACGUACUAGGAACCAGUGAGCUGCGGCUAUCUACCCUUCUACCCUUGUAAUGUCUAUCAGAUGGCAAAUAAUGACUGGGUCACCGAAAAGGUCCAAUUUCUUGUUGACUCGGCGUUCGACUCUCUUCUAGGCACAGGACGGUCUAUCUCAGUUUCUAAAAUGUGUAAUAUACUUAAUGAAAUGCCUAAAGGGGUGACCAAGUACCCUAUGAAAUACAUUUACGCCUCGAAAUUGCAUGGAUCGGCAGUUGGGAAUCCCAGCCACACAACCUCUUCUGUUGAAAAUCCUACGUCAUCCGGCAUCACAUCCUUUACCAGGUUUCCGGCCUGUUCUACGGACGGGACCAGAACUACUCAGCCUGGCACAUGUGCAAAGUCCUGAAUCCACCUCAUCUGCGCAUGUGCCAGUCAGAGGAAUAGUUCUGGCUCCAUCCACAGCAUCUCCUAUGUCUUGGCCGGCAGGCUGGGAAGCUGGUAAAGCACGUAAUACAGUGGAAGAAAGAUUUUCAGAAGAGGAAUGUUACGUGACCGCGUUCCUGAGCAGCCAAUCCACAAAACUUCAAGACGGAUUGAAAAAUGGCAGAAGGUGAACUCGGAGCUGCAGGAUCGGUUAAUAAAUUCAAGGACAUUAAUAGACUUGUAAUAUAUAAACUGGAGGACAAUGAGGAAUAGAUAAUUCUAUGCUUACAGUAUACCAUCAGAGGGAUCUAUAGGCCUAAAUGUAAGGCACC